AUGACGUUGGCUUUUGGGAUUCAAUGUUUAUCAGGAACAGGCGCUUUACGUGUUUGCGCUGAGUUUCUAUCAAGACAGUUGGGUUACAAAACUUUUUACAUUUCUUCGCCAACUUGGGAAAACCACACUUUGGUGUUUAAAAAUGCUGGUUUUCAUGAAGUUCGAACCUACAGAUAUUGGUGUGAAAAGAAACGCGGAUUAGACUUGGAGGGAAUGUUACAAGAUCUUAGAAACGCACCCGAACGUUCUGUCGUUAUUUUACACGCUUGCGCUCAUAACCCAACAGGUUGCGACCCAACCCCAGAACAAUGGGAGAAAAUCGCCGAUGUUGUCCAAGAAAAACAAUUAUUUCCCGUUUUGGAUACUGCAUAUCAAGGUUUUGCCUCUGGUGAUUUAGAUAACGAUGCUUAUACUAUUAGAUAUUUCGUUAAUAGGGGAUUUGAAACGAUGAUUUGUCAAUCUUUUGCUAAAAAUUUUGGGUUGUACAAUGAACGUGUUGGAAAUUUAGUAUGCGUUGUAAACAAUCCUUGUGCUAUUGUUAACGUAAAGUCUCAAUUUACCUUAAUUAUAAGAGGAAUGUAUUCAAAUCCACCAAGUCAUGGUGCAAGAGUAGUUAGUUUUGUCUUAAAUAAUGCUCAAUUAUACGACGAAUGGAAAGAGGCUAUUAAAACUAUGGCAUCUCGUGUUGUAAAUAUGAGACACGCUUUACGCGACGCCCUUGAAAGAUUCGGAACACCAGGAACUUGGAAUCAUAUCACAUCUCAAAUUGGAAUGUUUUCAUACACUGGUUUAACGGGUAAAUAUUAGAAUCGUUUAUUUCAG